GAAUCGAUUGAUCGCAGUUUGUUUAGUUGGAAGAGGUAAACUUACUCGUAAUCAUGACUAUCAUCACCAGCAGCAAACGCCCAGCAGCUCGCGGCUUAUCGAGGGUUCAAUGAGCACUUUCAGUUGACUAUUGACGCUAAAAAUGGGUUUCAUUCAGUCUUUCCUUAAAAAAUGUGUUUAUUUUGUCAUAUUUCUUGGCGCUAUAUUUUUCCUUCCUGGAUUACCGCCCAACACGACUUUUCAGUUUAAAGAAUAUGUGAUUAAACCCCCAAGGGAGCUAACUGGGGUGCUCCAACUGAAUACUCAUCUUGACGGAGCGAAACAUUUAUUUAAGGGUCAAGUGUUUGGCCCGGAGAACCUUCUACGCGGAAAAGAGGGCCUAUACACGGGUAUUCAUGGAGGAGAGGUCGUACAGUUGAAUGUGGAAAAGGAGCUUCUUGAAACUAUAACAAAAGUGGGAGAGCCUUGUGAUUAUAUGUUCGACGAUAAAAAGUGCGGAUAUCCUGUGGGUUUGGCUCUGGACACAAAGGGGAACAAUCUGAUUGUGGGUGAUGCCUAUCAUGGAUUAUGGGAAGUCAACAUAAAAUCGAAUAAGAAGACUCAGUUGGUGUCCCCGAAGGAGAUUCUCCCAGGCACAAGAGUUGAUCGUCCUGCUCAACUAUUUAACAGUGUGGCAGUUGCCCGGAAUGGGGACAUUUAUUGGACUGAUUCCCUAUCUGAUGAUGUAGCUUUGGUUUUGUUUGCCAAUCCCUCGGGGCGUCUUUUCAGAUACGAUCGGGAAAGGCGGACCAACGAAGUACUCUUGGACGGACUUGCCUUUGCCAACGGAGUAGCUUUAAGCCCGAAUGAAGAUUUUGUUGUCGUGGUCGAAACGGCAGCCAUGCGAUUGUUGAAGUAUUAUCUUAAAGGAUCCCGAGCCGGUCAAACCGAAGUUUUUGUAGACGGUCUGCCCGGCUUACCGGAUAAUCUUACCCCGGACUCGGAGGGAAUUUGGGUGCCCUUAGGCUUGUCCGUAGACUCUGAGAAUCCUAAUGUGUUUGCCAAAUUGUCGCCACACCCCAAGUUGCGGUUCUUCCUUUCCCGUGUAGUGGCUCUGAUUCAAGCUCCUUUUCAAUUCUUCAAUAGCGUGUAUCCCAACAAUUUUGCUGCCCACCUGUUUCACUCAGCAACGUCUUGGUUCAGCAGCUUGUCGCCAAACCGCUCCACAGUGCUACGGGUGGAUUGGAAUGGAAACAUUGUGAAAGCCUUUCACGGAUUUGAUAGAUCAGCAGCUGGAAUAUCGCAUGCCGUGGAAUACAAUGGGCACUUAUACCUGGGCUCGCCAUUCAAUCCUUAUAUAAUCCAAGUGAAAUUGCCGGAAACUGAUGAUAAGUCUACAAAUAAACAGAAAGUUUAAUAAA